CCACACUGUCUGUCAACUCUUUCCGCCGCGCCUGUCGCUGCUGGUGAGCACAACUGCAGCCCUCCCGCUGCCCAUAUAGGAACAUUUUGUUUACAAGAAGGUCGUCACCAGUGCCUCUACCUCCACCGCCAACAUGAGUGUCGUCGGAGUCGAUUUCGGAACUCUGAAUACCGUCAUUGCCGUUGCACGGAACCGGGGUGUCGAUGUUAUCGCCAAUGAGGUCUCUAACCGGGCUACUCCCUCCCUAGUCGGGUUCGGACCCAAGUCCCGCUACCUCGGAGAGGCUGCGAAGACACAGGAAAUCUCAAAUCUGAAAAACACCGUCAGCUCUCUGAAGCGCCUCGCCGGUCGCUCUCUCAACGAUCCAGAUAUUCAGAUCGAGCAGCAGUUUAUCUCGGCCCCGUUGGUUGAUAUCAAUGGCCAAGUCGGCGCUGAGGUUUCGUACCUCGGCCAGAAAGAGAAGUUCACUUCGACGCAGCUGAUUGCCAUGUUCCUCAGCAAGAUCAAGCAGACAACCUCGGCCGAGCUCAAGCUGCCAGUAUCGGACAUGGUCAUGAGCGUACCCGCGUGGUUCACCGACAUCCAGCGCAGGACCCUGAUUGACGCUGCCGAGAUUUCUGGCCUGAAGCUUCUGCGCCUCAUGAACGACACCACGGCCGCCGCUUUGGGGUGGGGCAUCACAAAACUCGACCUUCCUUCGGGCGACGAGAAGCCGCGCCGCGUAGCCUUUGUCGACGUUGGCCACAGCAACUACACGUGCUCCAUCGUCGAGUUCAAGAAGGGCGAGCUUGCCGUCAAGGCAACCGCCUUCGACCGCCACUUCGGUGGCCGGAAUUUCGACAAGGCUCUUUUGGACCACUUGCAGAAGGAGUUCCUCGGCAAGUACAAAGUCGACAUCACAACCAACCCCAAGGCCAUGACACGUGUCCUUGCGGCUGCCGAGAAGGUGAAGAAGAUGCUCUCCGCCAACCAGCAGGCGCCCAUAAACAUUGAGUCGCUCAUGAACGACGUUGAUGUGCGUGCCAUGAUCACGCGCCAGGAGUUCGAGGCUAUGGUGGACCCCCUAUUGAGCCAGAUCAAUGGGCCCCUCGAGCAGGCCCUGGCCGACGCAAAGCUCACCAAGGAUGAUAUCGACAUUGUCGAGGUUGUUGGCGGCGGCAGCCGUGUGCCCGCCGUCAAGGACCGUAUCCAGGCCUUCUUCGGAAAGCCGCUCUCGUUCACCCUGAACCAGGAUGAGGCUGUGGCCCGGGGCUGCGCUUUCAGCUGUGCUAUUCUGUCUCCAGUCUUCAAGGUCCGCGACUUCGCUGUCCAAGACGUCAUCACCUACCCAAUCGAGUUCGCCUGGGAGAAGGAUGCAGACAUCCCGGAUGAGGAUACCAGCCUCACCGUCUUCAACAAGGGCAACGUACUACCGUCCACAAAGAUUCUCACAUUCUACCGCAAGCAGGCUUUCGACCUCGAGGCCAAAUACACCGAGCCAGAGCAGCUGCCCGGCAAGAUUCCCGCCUUUAUCGGCCGCUUCUCUGUCAAGGGCGUCAAAGCUUCGGGCAGCCCCGAAGACUUCAUGAUCUGCAAGCUGAAGGCUCGUGUCAACAUUCACGGAGUCUUGAAUGUUGAGAGCGGUUACUAUGUCGAAGACCAGGAAGUAGAGGAGGAGAUCAAGGAGGAUAGCGGGGAGAAGAAGGAUCCGGAUGUGAGUACUUUUAUCGCGCCUGACAAGCCUCCCGCUAUUAUGGAUUUUGUUGGUUCUUCAGUUGAGGAGACACCUGGGAAUGCCUCGAAACGUCGUAGGGUGGAUGCUGGCGCAUCAGACGUAUCCCUUGGCCAAGCCAGUGUGUCUAUUCCAAGGACAGAGCUAACAUCUGACAAGGCCAUGGAUACGGACGCGAAAGACGAUUCCAAGCCCAAGACGCGGAAGGUCAAGAAGCAAGUCCGCAAGGGCGAGCUGCCAAUCGUCAGCGCCACCCAGUCCCUCGACUCUUCCAACAAGAACGCGGCCGCCGAGAAGGAGGCCUCGAUGGUUAUGGAGGACAAGCUGGUGGCCGACACUGAGGAGAAGAAGAAUGAGCUGGAGACCUACAUCUACGAUCUCCGCAACAAGCUCGACGACCAGUACUCGGAGUUUGCUAGCGACGAGGAGAAGACCAAGAUCGGCGCAAAGCUCGAUGCUACCGAGGAAUGGUUGUAUGACGAGGGUGAUGAUGCUACGAAGGCAGUUUACAUCGCUAAGAUGGACGAGAUUAAGGCUCUGGCUGGCCCCGUUGUGCAACGUCAUUUCGAGAAGGUCGAGGCUGACCGCCAAGCACUUCAAGCACGUCUGGAUGCCGAGAAGGCAGCAAAGAAGGCGGCGGAAGAGGCAGCUCGCAAGGCUGCCGAGCCCGAGAAGGCGCCGCAAGAAGCAGCCAAGGAUGAGGAUAUGACGGAUGCCGAGGCUCCUCCCAAGGCCGAGGUUGAGGAGACCAUCGAUCCUUGAAGUUGUUGAGGGGGUUUUUCUCUACUCACGCAAACUAUUUAUGUCUUGAGGGUCAAAGAAGGGUGGGCUUUUGAUAGAUAGGGCACAUGGAAAUGAAAGCGAACGCAUGGCAUUGGGCGUCUGAAAUAGGGGAUCGGAUAACUUUACGGCAGUGCUAUGAAGACGGGGAGAGAGUAAUGUGAAGAGACAGGGACAAGAAAGGACAAGAGAUAGGCCUUCUGACACUGCUGGGCGAGGCGGUCUGCUACUUUCUUUUCUCCCCUGGCUGCUUUGUUGAACCAAUCCAAAGGAUGACGCUCUCAACGCCCAAGCACAUUUGAACACAUACAACAACCCCCAGCGAUACGAAUUUCUUUUGCCAGUUUAGUAUUUCACUCGCAGUCACGAUAGAAU